GUGUGUGUGGCGGCAGUGGCGGGCGGGAGCGCGGAGGUGGAAAGAAGGGGGGCGCUGUCACGGAAACACGGGCCGCCGGAGACCCCGCCGCAGCGAGGCCACUGGGCUUCCCGGUUGCGGGGCGUGAACGGCGCCAACCCGGGGCGUCAGAAGGACCCACCGGGCGGAGGAGGGGGCCCAUCUAUCCUUCCGCAUUUUCCUGGGUCUCUCUCCCCGGCGGUGACGUGACGUGCUGACGGCGGGCCCGUGCCGGGGAGCUGGGCCGCUUUUUGUCAGCUCCGAGCUCGGCCCCUCCUCCCUCCCUCCGCCCGCCCCACCAGCCGGAGCCCGGCCCAGUGCUCCAGAGAAAGGCCGGCCUGCAGCACCCGCCACCGUCGCCGACCGCCGCACGCCCGUCCGGAGUUGUGGCUGAUGAGAAUUAAAGGCCAUGGAUGAAGAUGGACUUGAAUUACAACCACAGGCGCCAAACUCAUUUUUUGAUGCAACAGGAGCUGGUGCUACACACAUGGACGGUGAUCAGAUUGUUGUGGAAGUACAAGAAACGGUUUUUGUGUCAGAUGUUGUGGAUUCAGACAUAACCGUGCAUAACUUUGUUCCUGAUGACCCAGACUCAGUUGUAAUCCAAGAUGUUAUUGAGGACGUUGUUAUAGAAGAUGUCCAGUGUCCAGAUAUCAUGGACGAAGCAGAUGUAUCAGAAACAGUCAUCAUCCCAGAGCAAGUGCUGGACUCAGAUGUAACUGAAGAGGUUUCUUUAACACAUUGCACAGUUCCAGAUGAUGUUUUAGCUUCUGAUAUUACUUCAGCCUCAAUAUCUAUGCCUGAACAUGUCUUGACAAGUGAAUCUAUACAUGUGUCUGACGUUGGUCACGUUGAACAUGUGGUUCAUGAUAGUGUAGUAGAAGCAGAAAUUGUCACUGAUCCUUUGACUGCCGAUGUUGUUUCAGAAGAAGUGUUGGUAGCAGACUGUGCCUCUGAAGCAGUCAUAGAUGCCAACGGAAUCCCUGUGGGCCAGCAAGAUGAUGAUAAAACCAACUGUGAGGACUACCUUAUGAUUUCCUUGGAUGAUGCUGGCAAAAUAGAACAUGAUGGUUCAUCUGGACUGACCAUGGACACGGAAUCUGAAAUUGAUCCUUGUAAAGUGGAUGGCACUUGCCCUGAAGUCAUCAAGGUGUACAUUUUUAAAGCUGACCCUGGAGAAGAUGACUUAGGUGGAACUGUAGACAUUGUGGAAAGUGAGCCCGAGAAUGAUCACGGAGUUGAACUGCUUGAUCCAAACAAUAGUAUUCGUGUUCCCAGGGAAAAGAUGGUUUAUAUGACUGUUAAUGACUCUCAACAGGAAGAUGAAGAUUUAAAUGUUGCUGAAAUUGCCGACGAAGUUUAUAUGGAAGUGAUUGUUGGGGAGGAGGAUGCUGCAGCCGCAGCUGCAGCUGCAGUACAUGAACAACAGAUAGAGGACAAUGAAAUGAAAACCUUCAUGCCGAUUGCAUGGGCAGCUGCUUAUGGUAAUAAUUCUGAUGGAAUUGAAAACCGGAAUGGCACAGCAAGUGCCCUCUUGCACAUAGAUGAGUCUGCUGGCCUCGGCAGACUGGCUAAACAAAAACCAAAGAAAAGGAGAAGACCUGAUUCCAGGCAGUACCAAACAGCAAUAAUUAUUGGCCCAGAUGGACAUCCCCUGACUGUCUACCCUUGCAUGAUUUGUGGGAAGAAGUUUAAAUCAAGAGGUUUCUUGAAAAGACACAUGAAAAACCAUCCUGAACAUCUUGCCAAGAAGAAGUACCGCUGUACUGACUGUGACUACACUACCAACAAGAAGAUAAGUUUACACAAUCACCUGGAGAGCCACAAGCUGACCAGCAAGGCAGAGAAGGCCAUAGAAUGUGAUGAGUGUGGAAAGCAUUUCUCCCAUGCUGGGGCUUUGUUUACUCAUAAAAUGGUGCAUAAGGAAAAAGGAGCCAACAAAAUGCACAAGUGUAAAUUCUGUGAAUACGAAACAGCUGAACAAGGCUUAUUGAAUCGCCACCUUUUGGCAGUCCACAGCAAGAACUUUCCUCACAUUUGUGUAGAGUGUGGCAAAGGUUUCCGUCACCCUUCCGAGCUCAAAAAGCACAUGCGAAUCCAUACUGGGGAGAAGCCCUAUGAAUGCCAGUACUGCGAAUACAGGUCUGCAGAUUCUUCUAACUUGAAAACACAUGUAAAAACUAAGCAUAGUAAAGAGAUGCCAUUCAAGUGUGACAUUUGUCUUAUGACUUUCUCAGAUACCAAAGAGGUGCAACAACAUGCUCUUAUCCAUCAAGAGAGCAAAACACACCAGUGUUUGCAUUGUGACCACAAGAGUUCGAACUCAAGUGAUUUGAAGCGACACAUAAUUUCAGUUCACACAAAGGACUACCCUCAUAAGUGUGAUAUGUGUGAUAAAGGCUUUCACAGGCCUUCAGAACUCAAGAAGCAUGUGGCUGCCCACAAGGGUAAAAAAAUGCACCAGUGUAGACAUUGUGACUUUAAGAUUGCAGAUCCGUUUGUACUAAGUCGCCAUAUUCUCUCAGUUCAUACAAAGGACCUUCCAUUUAGGUGUAAGAGAUGUAGAAAGGGAUUUCGGCAACAGAGUGAGCUUAAAAAGCAUAUGAAGACACACAGUGGCCGGAAAGUAUAUCAGUGUGAGUACUGUGAAUAUAGCACUACAGAUGCCUCAGGCUUUAAGCGGCACGUUAUCUCCAUUCAUACAAAAGACUAUCCUCACCGCUGUGAGUACUGCAAGAAAGGAUUCCGAAGACCGUCGGAAAAGAACCAGCACAUAAUGCGACAUCAUAAAGAAGUUGGCCUGCCCUAACAGUAGUUAGUCUUCACAGAUGUUGGUAGAAAAACUGGCCUUGAAACAGAAAGUUCAUUUAAAGCCAAUCAGUCUUGUUCACAUACAAUACUGUAUAUUGAUUUAUGCUGUGUACAAAUAGAAUUAUUGCUUCUAGUUGACUUUUUUUUUGUUUUUUUACAUUUUGUUCAGUAGUGUGUUCUGAAUUCUAUUCAGUUUGUUUAAUACAUGGGGAAAAAGCAGCAACAAGUUAGUUGCUUUUACUAAAGUAAUCCCUGAUUCUAUACUGAAGUUUUCUAUCUUAGAAGUUUUAUAUUUAUUUUAAAACAUUUACCUUGCUUACCUUGAUGGUACUCUUCUAAGACCAUUUAACUCAUGGUAAUUUUGCAUUGGUAACUGAAAGUAUUCAUGUUGACUUAUUUUUUUUUCUCACAAAUUUCUCACAAUAAAAUUGUCAGAGUCAUCUAAUAGGAAUGGGAGAUUUUUACAGUGAGGUCUUAUUAUCAUGACGUGGAAGUCAUUUACUUGUCUUGCUUAGUAUUUGUAGACUGUAUGACAAUGAAAGUUUCCAUGUGAACUUUCGUGUCCCUGGCAUUGCUGAGUAAGAGAACAGGGGCUGGGUUUAUGUUUGCUUUCUUUUUUUUUUUUCUUUUUAGUGAACAAAAUAUAUUUCUUUUUUUCUUUAGACUAUUUACAUCUUUUGUCAGUGUAGCAAACUUUUAGAAAACCUUGUUGGAAAUUUUUGCUUGAUCCUGUUGUACUUUGAUUAUUCUGUCUGUGCUGCUUUGUCUUGGAAUGGUUGUGUGCUACAAAUGAAAUUUAACCGAGGACUGCAUUUUGGAAUCUCCUAGGGGUAACUUGUGGCUCAUAGGAUCUUUUGCAACUUUAUAUAUGUAAAUGUACCCUGAAUUAUAUAUAUAUCUAUCUAUAUAUACACAUAUAUAUGUAACAUGUAUCUGUGUGUAUUGCUUAUUUUACAUACUUAUACACACAACCCCCAGUAGUAGUUGCUUAAAAUCUAUAAUGAAAAGUAUUAAAUUUACCGUAACGUGAAAGAUCCAGGGAUGCAAGAGAAAGCAUUUUGUAAGUCUUGCUCUUCAGAGAGACUACUCAGGUGAAGAAUUAGAAGGAAAAUAAGAACACUAGUAUUUUUAAAGAGUAAAGGUAUUUUCUUUUAAAUAUCUUUGGUAAUUGAAAAAUAAUUGAAAAAAUAGAGGUUAAGAUGUUUAUAGAUACAAUGCUUUCAUACAGUUUCAACUCCAUGCCUUUAUAUUUUUCUGAAAAGCUAAUGGGUAUCCAGACAGGAGUCCCUCAGUUCUCUCUGAGAAGCUGACGAGAGAACUCUUGUCUGACCAAGUGAGAGGGACAGAAAGGGAGUGAUGGCUCCAUGGACCAGAGAACGGGUGCUAAUAAGGACUUAGACUUGGCAAAUUGAGCCUGUUCUGCUAGUUCUUUGUUAACCUGAAAAACUUAACACUCGGUUGGCUUGGAUUACAUGGUAGAGGUGUGGUUCAAGUAUGUGAACAGUCUGAGGCUUCACUUGGAUCCUCACCAAGUCUUUCACAGUUUUGUUUUUGAGAGCUGGCAAUUUGUAACAUACAGGUCUGAUCGCUGAUAAAAUUUGUAAAAAGUUGGAUGUUAAGAUGUCUUUUGGAAAGCAGUUUCUAGAGUCCCUGGAAUUGGCUGUUGGCACACGGGUCUGGCACAUCAUGGGGAGACUUAGAAAUUUCUUCCCACUCGAUAGCUGCCUUGCUGCCUCAUUAUGGUGCUCCAUCCCUUUCGUGCCGUUAGGUUUUUACCUUUCAUCUUUCUCUUAGUCAUCACUAUUUGUAUUCAAAAGUUAUAUUUUUGGGGUUAGAUGUCUUGAAUAUUUGGUGUUUGGCAAACCUCUGAAGUGCUAGAUUGAUUUAGUAUAGUUCUAAAUCAAGUUCUUAAGGCUGGUAUAAACUCCAUCCUCAGUGCCAGUCAAAACCAAGGCGUAGAUUCCCUAGCCUUUCCAUCCAAUAGGGAAUUCUUUUGCCUUUGUAGCCUCCGCAAUGUGCUUUAAAAAAAUGCAUCACAAUUAUGAUUUGAUUUAUUGCCCUGUUAUUUUUGAAAGCUCUGUCUUUUCUUGUGAGAACUUUUAAAAUCUACUUUAUUAUUUUCCCCAGAAGUAAUGUAAAACACCUAACAUUGAAAUUUAUAAGGUUUAAAAAUCGCCUAUAAAUCAGUACAGGAAAUAUGAUUGAUUGGACCAUUUAACAUAUUUUUUAAAUAAACUGAGAGAUAAGGAACACAACACUUUACACACUUUAUAUUUCUCUUUACAUAAUCUGGAACCAUACACAAUUCUUUUCUUUUUAAAGCACAAUAUUGAAGCCUUUAAAAGGUAUUUAAGGGUUUGGUCAAGUGAAUAUAAAAUGUGUUUGUCUGUAUAAAGAGAAAAUGAAGUAGUCACUGUUAUGUACUGACAUUAGUUACAACCUAGUUUUAAUUCUUAAAACAAUUUUGAUUAGCAAAGCUAAAAAAGGAUGUUUCAGUUAAAUGUUUUAAAGAGGUACAGAUUUUUACAAGGACAUAAUAUAAGUUAUUGUUCUGUAGAAAUAUCCUAUUAAAUAUUGUAUGUCCCCCCCUCUGUAUACUUUGUAAAAAAAAAAAGUAAAAUACAUAAAAAGAAAAUCAUAUAGGGGAUGUGUGACAUUAUUGUAAUUGUGUACUUGAGAAUAACGUGCAAAAAUAAAAAUCAGAAUAUUUUCCUGUUAACGAAUGUUCAGUCUAUUUGAUACCAGUACUAAGUUAAUGCUUUUUCUUAAGAAAGACAAUGUACAGUUUUUGUAAACCUAAUAAACAUCAAAAGCAGUGGAUUAUUUUCAUCCCCCUAUUUCUUAAUUCCUUUUAUGCAGCAGUGGAAUGCAAAAUGCUUGAUUGCUUUGAAUUUUGUGACUUGGAUGCAAAUACUGAUAUUUCAGUCCUGUGAAUUUGCAAGUAACAUUACAGAGAAGUUAAGAGGUGAUUGGUGAGUCCUUUGAUGAGCAUGUCCUUGAAAUUCAUUUUUUCUUUAUCUUUGUAAAUGAUUUAUUAGCAUCUCUGAAUCCUAUUAUAAAUUACCUGCGCAUAAAGUGGGUUUUGAAAGCACUUAAAAUUUGUUUUAUUAUCAAUUCACAACACAUUUAGUCUGAGGAGACUAUCAUUAUUCAGAAGCCCUACCUUUGAGUUUACCCAAUUGUGACCAGGUUGGAGGUUUGUAAUAGACCCCAGCAUACUGGAGGAUGGUCACUGUAGUAGUGAAAAUUGCAAGUUGGGUAAAAGUCAGGAGUCAAGAGAGAGAUUUACAGCACUUUGAUUUACCAAUGACAUUCUGUAAUAUAGAAUCAGUGUUGGCCUAAGAGAUGAGAUAACGAGUAACCAAAAGUUGAGGUAAAUGUCCAAAAGAAUGGUGGACAUCACAGUCAGAGUCAUAAGUCUGACAAAACCAGGACUUGAUGGAAAACUUGAUUCACCCAUUCUACUAGAAUAUGCGGCACUGUUGUCGCUGGGGAUCUCGUUAUUAAUUUCCUGCAAAAUAUUAGAUUUGUGUAAGGAAAAGCAGGAUCAAUGCAUCUUAAAGAGGAUCGAUUUCCUGGCAGCAUGGUAAUCUCCUGGGACUUGGUUAAAGAAGCAGAUUCUCUGUCCUAAGCCAGUCCCCAGUGGACUGGAACAAGGCAUGAGCCCCAGUAGCCUGUGUUUUAGGAUGCCCUCCCAGUGAUUCUGUUGCAUGCUCAAGUUUAGUGAACGUGAUCUUAGAGCACUUGAAGAACCUAAAGAUUACUUGGUGUGACAUUUUGUGUAGUUGAGAAGCUCACAGAAAAGCAGCUAGAGAUGGCACAGUGAGAGUAAAUUAGAAUCCAGAGACUUUUGCUUUAUCCUCUCUGUAAAAGUCUGAGCCAGUCAGUCACUAAGUAUAUCCUUCAGUGCACAUCUAAAUAGCUUGUACCUCCUACUCUUACAUAGUCCCCCAGUGUUGCAUUCCUCAAAGGUAGGAAGACUUGAUAAGUAAAGAGAAGGACUGAAAAUUGUGUGUUCGUGUGUGUGUUUAAUUGGCCCAGAGUUACUAAAGUAAUUCAUAUUAAAAAGGACAUUUUGCUGCGUUUUACAGCUUUUUAGGAGGUCAAAAUUAAGUUUGCCCUAUGGAUUUUGUUUUAUCUUUUGUUUCAUGUAUAUAUUGUUUGCCUUUUUCAUAAAAUAAUUCUUGGAUUUGUUAUAUAUUGUUCCUGUUAUUUUUGACAUCUUUGCUAUUGUAAAUAAAUUCCUAUUUUGUUUUAAGUUA